AUGCAAGCACCAGGGAAAAUAUCUUAUUUUGUAGCGAGGCAUCUUCGGCAUCAAUUUUCUUCAUAUGAUUCAGGAUAUGCUAUUCUAGUGGUGGCAAUUCUAUUUACUUUUCUUGUGUUGAUGCUUCUCUUCCUUACUUCCUCACGUGAUCCGGGCAUUAUUCCAAGGAAUUCACAUCAACCAGAGAAAGAGUUACGCUACGAAUCUGUUGAUGGUGGGGGUGGCCGACAAACGCCUAGCCUUCAGUUUUCCCGAAUAAAAGAUGUAAUAAUCAAUGGCCAUACUAUAAGGGUAAAGUACUGUGAAACUUGUAUGCUGUAUCGACCUCUGCGUUGCUUGCAUUGCUCCAUUUGCAACAACUGUGUUGAGCAUUUCGACCACCAUUGUCCUUGGGUGGGACAAUGUAUUGGUCUGAGGAACUACCAUUACUUAUUUCUAUUUGUUUCUUCAGCAACUCUACUCUGCAUCUAUGUCUUUUCCAUCUCAGAUUACUAUAUCAAGGUUCGGGUGGAUAACUAUGAUGGCACAGUUUGGAAGGCAAUGAAAGAAUCCCCUGCAUCUGUGAUACUCAUGGCUUAUUGUUUCAUCUCUCUGUGGUUUGUUGGUGGACUAACUGGUUUUCAUUUGUACCUUAUAGGCACAAACCAGGUGAGUUUAAAUCUUUUUACAUUUCUUGUUUUGAUACCUUAA